ACUUCACCAUCACCGUGCCAGCCAAUCAGAUGAAUAGUGAGAUGGUGACAAUCACAGCGGACGAGUACAUGCCAUUGUUGGGCACUCAACGUUCGCUGCACUUUAUUGUGACUGGACAGGCUGAGGACGAAGCAGUGACUGCCAUCAAGGUGCUCAUGCUGCAGAUCCCGACGCUCACCAUGACGCUGAGUGGCUCCCCCAUGGUGCAGCAGGAGAUGUUUGUCGACAUUACCUUCACCAACCCCUUCAACUUUGCCAUGAAGACCUGUAGGCUGUCCAUGGAAGGGGCUGGAUAA